UCCAGGACCAAAACGCUUAUGCAGAGAAAACAUCUUCCAAGACUGUCUAUAGCCGAACGACUGUAAUCCUUGCACUCAGGAGGCAGAGGCAGGAGGAUCAUUGCAAAUUCUAGGCCAGCCCAAUAUCUGAGGUUAAACCCCAGUAUCUCCAUGGAUUUUCCUGGCCUAGGAGCCCUGGGGACGGCAGAACCCCUGCCACAGUUUGUGGAUUCUGCCCUGGUGUCCUCAACACCAGAUUCGGGAGGGUUCUUCUCCUCUGGGCCUGAGGGUCUGGAUGCAGCAGCCUCCACUUCCCCGAACACAGGCACGGCUGCAGCCACCACACUGGCCUACUACAGGGACACCGAGGCCUAUAGACACUCUCCAGUGUUUCAGGUCUACCCACUUCUCAACUGUAUGGAGGGAAUCCCAGGGGGCUCACCUUAUGCCAGCUGGGCCUACGGCAAGACGGGCCUCUACCCUGCUUCAACUGUAUGCCCCAGCCACGAGGAUGCCCCUCCCCAGACGCUGGAAGACCCGGAUGGGAAGACCAGCACCACCUUCUUGGAAACCCUGAAGACAGAGCGGCUGAGUCCAGACCUCCUGACCCUGGGGACUGCACUGCCCACAUCGUUGCCCAUCACCAGCAGUGCUUACGGGGGACCUGACUUUCCCGGUCCUUUCUUCUCUCCCACUGGGAGCCCUCUCAGUUCAGCAGCCUAUUCUUCCCCCAAGUUUCACGGAAGCCUCCCCUUGGCCCCUUGUGAGGCCAGAGAGUGUGUGAACUGCGGAGCAACGGCUACUCCACUGUGGCGAAGGGACAGAACAGGUCACUACCUGUGCAAUGCCUGUGGCCUGUAUCACAAGAUGAAUGGCCAGAACCGGCCUCUCAUCCGACCCAAGAAGCGUCUGAUUGUCAGCAAACGGGCAGGCACUCAAUGCACUAACUGCCAAACGACCACCACAACACUCUGGCGGAGAAAUGCCAGCGGAGAUCCCGUGUGCAAUGCCUGUGGCCUUUACUACAAGCUACACCAGGUGAACCGACCAUUGACCAUGCGGAAGGAUGGAAUUCAGACUAGGAACCGCAAGGCCUCCGGAAAAGGGAAAAAGAAGCGAGGGUCAAGUCUGGGAGGAGCAGGAGCAGCUGAAGGAGCAGCUGGUGGCUUCAUGGUGGUAGCUGGUGGCAGCAGUAGUGGGAAUUGUGGGGAAGUGGCCCCAGGCUUGACACUGGGCACCGCAGGUACUGCUCAUCUCUACCAGGGCCUGGGACCUGUGGUGCUGUCAGGGCCUGUCAGCCAUCUUAUGCCUUUCUCUGGACCUCUGCUGGGAUCACCCACAGCCUCCUUCCCCGCAGGGCCUGUGCCUCCCACCACCAGCACCACUGUGGUGGCUCCCCUCAGCUCUUGAAGGUACACAAAAUGGCCUUGGCCUUGUGGCAGAGAAGGUGUUCCUUUUUUUUUUUUUUUUUAUUUUUUUUGAGACAGGAUCUUCUGUAGCCCAGGCUGACCAUGAACUAUGUAGCUAAGGGUGACCCCUAAUUCCUGAUUUUCCUGCCUCUACCUCCCAAGUACUGGGAUUAUAGGCAUUAUUGACAUGCCUGACGUUUUUGUUUCUGUAUUUUUGUUUUGUUUUGAGGCAGGGUCUCACUCUGUAGCCCAGGCGGCUUUCAGUUCCUUAUGUAGUUCAGGAUAGACUCAAACUUGAGAUCCUCCUGCCUCAGUUCCUGAGUGCUGGGCUUACAGGCCUCUGCCACCAUGCCUGUGUCCCCCCUCUGGGAGCCAUUAUUCUUUACAGCCCAACCCUAUGGGCUCCGAACAUCUCCUUGCCUGUACCUUCGAAGAUUUUGUAAAAUAAAAUCACCAACGACCUGAAACUAGA